AUGUCUGACCACGGGGAAGAAGAAAAAGAAGCGAGACUUGAGGGCUUCGAGGAAAAAGACGACGUCGAUGUCUUUGACGUCGGCAUGUUCGAAGGCGGCAGUGAAGGUAGCGGAUUCCAUACUAAGAACAACCCCAAGGACCCCUAUCAACGAUCCGAGGUGAUCCAGCGGGCUGGCCAUGGUGUCGACAUUAGAUGCACACUAAUCGAUGCCAUUCACGGAGCCAUGUCUGCCGACAGUGACUACUGGGCGACGCUGCUGGUUCUACAGUUUCGCUUUGAUCCAGCCAAGCGGGCACGUCGUGUAGCAGAAGCGACCAUCGAGCUGCGGUUCGAUGUCUCGGACGCGAACAACCAAGUCCCCGAGGUCGAUGCCAUAUCGUUCGACGGCAACUACAGCUUCCUGCCCAGCAGACAGUCCGAGACCAUUAUUAAGGGCGGUAGCGGGAGCAUCGGAGCAAGCUACGUCGCAGACCUGAGCGCCUCAGCGAACUGGGAGAAGACGGUGGCUCGUGAGACGACAGAUGCCACUACGAUCAGUGGCGGCAAGCUCGUCCUGAACAACAUACCGCCCAACCGCGUCGCCAAAUGGACGCUGCUGGAGAAUAAGACGCUCAAGACGGGUGUCCCCGCCACGAUCCGAGUUGCUGUGCGGAUCAAGAGGCGCGACGAGGCCAUCUUCACCUGCAUCCCUCGGCUGGAGUGCAAGGCUGACAAGUGGACGAGGCUGGAGUCCUUCUUCGGGGGCGUGCCAGAAGAUGACCCCGUGCUGCUCAAGCCGGACAUGAAGGCGACGAACAAACUGAUGGUCUACGACACGGAGGAGCUGGGCAGCGUGGACUUGCAGAAGCUUAGUGACGUGACGUUUACAACGAUGAUAAUGAAUGCUCAGAAGUAA